AUGACCGGGCGGCCCAGAAACCUGCAUCCCUCACGCUCCUUUACGCGUCUCGACUCUGCGCCCAAGAGUCCGCUCUCGCGAAGUCGAGCGAAUACACUGCAGGGCCCAAACGCGUCAGAUAUGCUAGAUCCAUUAAAGGCUGCCAUGGUGCCAGAGGAAGAUGAGCAUACUGAUGGAGACGUCUUUGCCAACAAGGAAGACGGUGACGACAACACUGAGGGUGAGGAACCCGCAGUACCCGACACUUUUGAGGAGCUUCCCAUCGAGAUCCGCAGCUUGACCGAGAGAUUCCUCGAAUCCCUCACAGCCAAAGUCCAUCCUACCCCCCUAUCCGCCGAUGCCCUUGCCCAUCUCUUCCAAGACUUCUACGGCCGCGCCUCUGCAAAAAUCAACACACACAUAGCCACCCUCUCUGCUCGAUUAACGAGUGAUAACUAUGUUGCAAACGCCAAGAAGGGGGCCGCCCCAUCAAGCAAACCAUCAUCGAUAUCCAAGGGAAACGAUCCGUCAGGGGAACAACAGAUGCUUAGUGCGACAGAAAUGGCUGACCGCAAGAAGGCACGGAGAUCGCUCGAGCUCAAGCGGUUCGCACUCGAAGAGGCCGUGGAACGCGCCGUGUGCGAGAAGGUCUACCAGCGGAUAUGGCGGCAUAGGAGCACUGAUGACGAGGAAAGGGACCAUAAGCUCAGAUCGCGCACAGCUGCUCUCUCGCUUGUUGGCAUUGGCUUGAAAGAGCUCCUGAUGACUGGCGAAGAGUUGACUGAGGAGGAACGUCAGAAAGCCAAAGAGAAGGAGCCUGAGAUCCGAGAAUACCUAUCUGCCGCACGUCAAGACAUCUUGAAGAUGAAUGAGGAGAAGUAUCCGCUUGGAAAGGUCCAACAUCUGACUGCUGCACACAAGUCCAUUGUCGAAGCUCUGUCAAAGAUAUUUCCUUCCACUUCGUCUGCUGAUGAAAUCCUCCCAACGUUGAUCUACGCACUUAUCACUAUACCACCAGUCGACUUGAACGUUAUUAGCGACCUGAAUUUUAUACAUCGAUUUCGCGGAUCCAGCCGUAUGGAUGGCGAGACCGCAUACUGCCUGGUCAACUUGGAGGCAGCCAUUUCAUUCUUGGAAACCGUCGAUCUUUCUUCCCUACGUGCCGAAGAAGCCGUUCCUACAAAGUCAGACUCAAGGCCUUCGACGCCCAAAUCCGAGAUUACACCAAUGCCCUUGGGACUUUCGGACGCGCCGGAUCUUAUCCAAACUCCAGCCACUCCCAUCUCCAAAACUCAUACCAGGGAACCUUCAAGUCCGACAACUACCAAAGCUCAGCGUCGGUUGAGCAACCUCAUCCAAACGCAGACUAACAAAAUUGAGGCUGCUUCUGAUGCAGUUCGGGACUCGAUUCUUGAUUCGGCCGACCAAGCACUUGGCAGAAUUAACAACACAUUAGACACCAGCUUCAAGUUCUUCUUCGGUGGUCUAAAAGAAAAGAACCCAGAUGGACCCAUGCAGGAACAACCGGUACUCCCCAAGACACUAGAAGAUGCAAGGAAGCUUGUGAGCUCUCCCACUCGUGCAGAGCGGGAUGAUGAUAACCUGAGCAUCAGUGCAGCGAGUUCAGUACAUGGUGACGAGUCUACAGAAACUCCAGUUAGCAAAGGGUUGGACGCGAAGAUGGCUGAUCUUUUUGCUGGCAAAAGGCAGAUUAGAGAUCGUAGCGUCGAUUCCACUAAAUCCGGGGGAAGCAAUAGCGGACGACGUGUUGCAUUCGCUACAUCACAGAAUGCAGAAGAGAAGGCACCAUCACCAGCUCCUAUUAAGGCGGAUGCUCCAGCACCAGGCAAUAUUUCCGCUGUUGACUCUCUACGCAACAUGGGCAACAACUUCAAUCCUUUGAACCGAUUGUCCAGUAUGAACGUACUGCCCCGCUUUGCACGCGCCGUAAGCAGCAGUAGCACGCCUGUGCUCCCAUCCCCGAGCCAAGAGCAGGUCAAGGCAUCGCCUUCUCCAGAGCCGCUGAGCCGCACAGCCACGAAUGAAAUACCGCCAAUAGAUGACAAGGGAGCGAGAGCAGUUGCUGCGUUAGAGCAGCUAAAGAAGACUACACCGCCUUCCAAACGCUUUUUAGAGGCGAAGGAUGCUCAAGACUUGAAGCUCAAAGAGGUUGAGGAGCUACUAAAGGAGUACCAAAGACUUGCAGGCGCAUUGCGAGGAGCAAUCAACUAUUGA